GUCAGGCCGGGUUUUCCCUCCUCCUCCAGGGCAGGCGAGAGAGUGCCGCCGAUCGCGUCCCUUCCUCGCCAAUCCGGCUCCGGCGCCUGUCCUCCCGCCCGCCGCCCGCGUUUUCUAGGUGCCUGCCUCACGGCCGCUCCGGCCCGGCUCGCAGUCUCUGCUGGAAUCSGCGCUUCGGAGGAGGGUUCAAAUCCGCCCAAAGGAACAGCGGCGCACCCGGGCGCGGAGCGGCGGGCGGCGAGCGCUGCGCCAGCAUGCAGCUGCCUGUGCCCUGUUGAAACUUCAUGGCCACAGCCCCAGGCCCUGCUGGCAUUGCCAUGGGCAGCGUGGGCAGCCUGUUGGAACGUCAGGACUUCUCCCCUGAAGAGCUUCGGGCAGCACUUGCUGGGUCUCGAGGCUCCCGCCAACCUGAUGGACUCCUCCGGAAAGGUUUGGGCCAGCGUGAGCUCCUUAGCUAUCUGCACCUCCCCAAGAAGGAUGGCAAGACCACCAAGCGGGCACCUCGGAAUGAGCCUGCUGACUAUGCUACCCUCUACUACCGGGAACAUCCUCGGGCUGGUGACUUUAGCAAGACUUCACUGCCUGAGCGGGGUCGCUUUGACAAGUGCCGCAUCCGCCCAUCAGUGUUCAAGCCUACAGCAGGUACCGGGAAAGGCUUCCUCUCCAUGCAGAGCCUGGCUGCCCACAAGGGUCAGAAGCUGUGGCGCAGCAAUGGUAGUCUGCACACGCUGGCCUGCCACCCACCCCUGAGUCCAGGGCCCAGGGCCAGCCAGGCUCGUGCACAACUGUUGCAUGCCCUCAGCCUGGAUGAGGGUGGCCCUGAGCCUGAGCCCAGCUUGUCUGAUUCCUCCAGUGGGGGCAGUUUUGGCCGCAGUCCUGGCACAGGUCCCAGCCCCUUCAGCUCCUCCCUAGGCCACAUUAACCACCUUGGAGGCUCCCUGGACCGGGCCUCAAGGAGCCCCAAGGAGGCUGGGCCAUUGGCUGUGCUGAGCUGCCUGCCUGAGCCACCGCCCCCCUACGAAUUCUCCUGCUCCACUGCAGAGGAGGUGGUAGCCCUGCUGCCUGAGACCUGUGAGGAUCUCAAGAGGGACCUUGGAGACCAGGAUGGCUCCAACCCCUUCACACAGGUGCUAGAGGAGCGCCAGCGGUUGUGGUUAUCUGAGUUGAAGCGCUUGUACGUGGAGCGGCUGCAUGAGGUGGCUCAGAAAGCUGAGCGCAGCGAGCGCAACCUCCAGCUGCAGUUGUUCAUGGCUCAGCAGGAACAGCGACGGCUGCGCAAGGAGCUCCGGGCUCAACAGGGCCUGACCUCUGAGCCUCGUCCCCCAGGUCCAGUUCCAGAGGCCGACUCCAGCAGCCGGCCAGAGGAGGAAGCCCGAUGGGAGGUGUGCCAGAAGACCGCAGAGAUUAGUCUCUUGAAGCAGCAACUGCGGGAAGCCCAGGCAGAGCUGGCACAGAAACUGGCUGAGAUAUUUAGUCUGAAGACGCAACUUCGGGGCUUCCGGGCACAAGCCCAGGCUCAGGACGCAGAGCUGGCCAGGUUGCGUGAGACUGUGCGCAGCUUACAGGAACAGGCUCCUCGGGAGGAAGCCCCAGGCAGCUGUGAAACUGAUGACUGCAAGAGCAGAGGGCUGCUGGGGGAGGCUGGAGGUAGUGAGGCUGGAGGUGGUGCUGAACAGCUGCGCGCAGAGCUACUGCAAGAACGGCUCCGGGGCCAGGAGCAGGCACUGCGUUUUGAGCAGGAACGGAGGACUUGGCAGGAAGAGAAGGAGCGGGUGCUGCGCUACCAGCGGGAGAUCCAGGGGGGCUACAUGGACAUGUACCGUCGCAAUCAGGCACUGGAGCAGGAGCUACGGGCACUACGGGAGCCCCCCACGCCCUGGAGUCCUCGACUUGAGUCCUCCAAGAUCUGAGGCCAGCAGAGCAAGCUGACAGCAGAUGCACUGUCCAAGAUGCCCUGAGACACCUGACCCCUCCCUUUCACUGGUCUGGGGCAGAAUGUGCAGAGGCCAACCCAGGGAUGGGAGGCCCCCAAGAGGAAGGAUCCAGGGGGGGCGAUGGGCAGGAUAAGGUGCUGGCUACAGAGCCAGGGCUAGACCCUUCUGGCAGAGAAGCACCCAGGCAGGGCCCAGCCCUGCUCCCUGGAGUGGGUGUGGCCCAAUGAAGGAGGUUAGAGAAUCCAGAGGCACUGACAGGGAAGGGCAGGUGUAAGGGAGGGUGGCUAGAGAGCUGGGCUGAGGCCUUCCUUAAUGAAAGGAGGCUGGGAUGGAAACAUUGGCCUCCUCCAGAAUAAAACCACCUUUUCUUUGAGGAGGCCCUGGGUGAUAUAUUGAGCCUGCCCUUACCAGAGUCCAGUUUUGUGGAUAGUCAGGGUUGGGAGUUGACCUGGCCUGUAGCUCCUUUCAUGGUCAUGGUCAUUGGGAGGUGUGCCCUGUGCCUGUCUGUGAAGCUGCUGAUCGUAUGUGUUGGAGAGUGGAGGCAUCCUAUUUCCUUGCUCCAGUACCACACAGUUCCUUAGCUGCUGUGUGGGCUGAAAUUCCUUUCUUCAGCACCAGUGGAUUUUUCAGAAGGAACAAUACUAGGGAACUACAAAAAAACAAAAGGGCGAGUCAAAAGGCAUUUCAAGGAUAUGAAAUGUUCCUUUUGGUGAAAAGUCUGGGCCCUGGUUGCCCAGGCCUCUGCUGGAUUGGGGCCAGCCUAAGACAGCAUCCUGUGGGGGCAUCCAAAAGCUCCUGUGAGCUCUACCUCUUCUGGAGCCCACCUCCUAUCUUUCUGUCCAGCUGUGGUGUGCCUCUCUCUUCAUGGGCAGGUGAGGGGGAGGUUUAGGAAGGUGCAGAGAAGCUUGGCAGGGAAAGCUUGUGGGUUAUUUGGUAAAGGAUCUUACCGGAAGGAAUGGAACAUUUCCCCAUAAGCAAUGGAAGGCUAUUGGGUAUUUUUAGGUAGGAGUGAGAUUUGAUCUAAUUUGUAUUCUGGAAAGUUCUUUCUUGAAGAAGCAUCCCCACACUUCCCACCUCUGUUCUUUACCUGGCCUUGGAACUGUCAGUCCUCUUGCACUCCUGCUGAUGGUCUCAGGUUCUCGAAAACCCACAGCUACCCCAGUCCCUCAGCAGUCUUGGGACUUUGCUCCCCUCCAGGUGGUGACCUGGUGCAAGUGGAGUCUUCCCUAUCUUUUGAGAGAAGCUCAGCUUAUUACACAUGUAUCAUUGGAGUGGCUACCAUGCAUCUAGUGCUUACUGUUUCUCUGGUUGGACCCUUGAGCUUGGGGCCACAGGGUGAAUUUGAUGUGCUUCCUGCUUAAGGGUAGCUAGCACACAGUCAUCUGCCCUCCAAUCCUUGUUCAUGUAGGGCCAUUCAGGGAACCUCUUAGAAGUACUCCAUGUAGCCAGACAUGGUGGUGUACACCUCUAAUCCCGGCGGCUCAGAAGGGUAAGGCAAGAGGAUCACAAGUUCAAAGCCAACUGUAGCAACUUGGUGAGGCCCUAAGCUGUCUCAAAAAAUAAAAGGGCUGGGGAUGUGGCUCAGUGAUUAAGCACACUUGGGUUCAA